GUUAGCCAGCUGUCACUGUCAGUUACGACUGAAUGCGUCGAUCAGUCAGGAAACGAGCCUCUGUUCUUUGUUUACGAACAAAUUAAAUAAUUCUCUAAUAAAAAAAAUCCUAUCCUUGUGAGUCAUACUUUGAGUGCAGUGUUAUAGAUUUUAAACGUUACUUCCUAACUUAUUCUAUUGUUUGUUGAUAUCGAGUUCAAUGACAAAGGUUCAAUCUAUGUGAUCAUUUUAAUACGGAAUGGUGUUGUUAUUGUAAUCUGAAUAUUAGAAUGUCAUCGUCAGCAGAAGAAAGUCCGAUAAUAAACUCGGAUAUUGAAAAUGAUGUUACAAGUAGUCGUCGGAACUUGGUGCAGGCAGAACAAGUGGAAGAAACAACAGGAUGGAUCAAAUGUCGGACUGUCCUUGGCAUUAUGGGGUUCCUGGGCUUUGCCAGUGUGUAUGCCAUGAGAGUAAACCUCUCUGUGGCCAUAGUGGCUAUGGUUAAUUCAACAACACCUACGCCCACAAACUCUUCAACAGAUGUGGAUGUUUGCCCUGCUAGUCCAGUCAGCAAUAGUUCUGUGCCACAGAGGCCCGGAGACUUCAAUUGGACUGUUGAGCAACAGAGUAUAGUUUUAGGCUCAUUUUUCUAUGGAUAUGUACUAACACAGGUACCAGGAGGCAGAAUAGCAGAAAUGUAUGGAGGGAAACUUGUUUAUGGUUUAGGAAUAUUUUUCACAGCAGUAUUUACAAUUCUUAGUCCAAUUGCGGCAUACACAGAUAUUAAAUUCUUCAUUGCUGUGCGAGCACUGGCUGGUUUGGCAGAAGGUGUAACCUACCCAGCCAUGCAUGCCAUGUUAGCUAGAUGGAUCCCACCGCUAGAGAGAUCAAAGUUUGCAGCUUAUGUUUAUGCUGGUUCCAAUAUAGGUACAGUAAUCACCCUACCUAUAUCAGGAUGGCUAUGUACUCUAGAAUUUGGUGGCGGCUGGCCACUCUGUUUCUACAUAUUUGGCGGUAUUGGCGUUGUAUGGUUCAUUUUCUGGCUCUUGCUAGUCUUUGACACGCCUCAAAGACACCCUAGAAUCUGCCCCAAAGAGAUUGAAUAUAUUGUACGGAGUAUCGGCCCUCAGCAAGAAGAAAAGCCAGCGAUGUCAAUCCCGUGGCUGAAGUUCUUAACAUGCGUGCCGCUAUGGGCCAUCCUCAUCGCCCAAUGUGGCCAGGCGUGGGUAUUCUACACCCAGUUCACAGAACUACCAUCGUAUAUGAACAAUAUUCUGCAUUUCGAUAUUGUAGCUAAUUCAAGACUGAGUGCACUCCCGUACUUAACAGCAUGGUUGGGCGGUAUCGUGCUAUGUAUAUUUGCUGACUGGACCUUAGCCAAAGGGUGGAUUUCCAGGCUUAACAGUAUGAAGCUUUGGAAUACUGUGUCGGCGUUCAUCCCAGCAUUUGGUCUGCUGGGCAUAGCUUGGGCGGGAUGUGACAGGAUUGCAGUUAUCUUGUUGCUGUGCUUCGCCUCGGCCUUCGGUGGUGCUGCUUAUGCUGGUAAUCAGAUGAACCACAUAGAUCUGUCGCCGCAGUUCGCGGGUACUAUGUACGGUAUUACGAACGCGGCGAGCAAUAUAUGUGGCUUCAUGGCGCCCUAUGUUGUGGGACAUAUUAUAAAGGCUGAACAGCAAACUCUAGGCCAAUGGCGUGAGGUGUUCUACUUGGCGGCAGCCAUCGAUCUCGGCACAAAUCUCUUCUAUUUAUUCUUCGCCAGCACGGAGGAACAGGAUUGGUCGCGGCCCGACAAUGACGACAUGACGGCUCCGGCGCCCGUCGAGAGCAUUCUGUUCCCCGAGUCAUAGACAAUGUCACAAAUUCAGAUGAAGGCAUAAACCAAAACGUUUGCUUCACAAACUCCUUAGUACGGAUACACGUUUGUAUUGUUUCUGGUUCAUAUUAAUUUAAAGAAUAUCAAUGCAGUAACUAACUGUAGUGUAAUUACUUUAUUGAAAAAUAAUGUCUGCUUUAUAAAUAACUUGAACAGCAAUAAAAUUAAUGUUGUUCUUUUUUAUGUUUAUUCUAAGGUUUCAAUGUGUAUAUCACGGAUUAACUCUUAAAUUAUGUGUGUGAUAUGUACUCGUAAUAAAAGUCUGUGAUAGGUAAGAAUGUUGGAAACCGGUAAAAUACUAUUUGUAUUGUUCUUAAGCCCGUGGUCUAUAAUUGUUACUUCCUUAAAAUUAAAAAAAGAAAGGGGUAGCUCAAUACCCACUAUGGGUAUCUAAUAGCCAAAACGGGGCUUUCGGAAAUAUCAUAAGAAAGUUUUAAUUUGAAAUAAUGUAAAUGAAGUGUUUUUAUCAAUAUGAUAUGUAUAGUAAAUGGUACAUAUUUCAAUUUUAUAUUAACUUACUUGCAUAUUAAAUAACUUAAAUGGUGCCUUUAAUAUACAUACCGUUCGUUUACCGGCCAAAUCAUUCGGAAUUUUAAAGAUUUAUACAUAUAUUUCAAUGUUUUAUCCGUGUAGCGUAUUUUUAAAACCAAAAAUGAUUUAUUUAUGGAAUUCGGAGAAAUAAUGUUUUUUUUAUUAGUGAAGUAAUUUUAAAGGGGUAUAAAUAAAAACUGUCAAUUAUUUGGGUUGGGAAAGUCAAAAAGAUAACGUCAUUUUUUUGCUCAAAAAUAAAGUAAAUUUUGUAUAACUUGAUAUAUUUGGGAGUAUAUUUAAGUUUAGCGUAUAUUGCGUGUCGAAGUUGUAGCAAAUAAUUAGCCAAUUUAUUUAUAAAAACAUGGCUGUAGAACAAAGUUCAAAUGUCGGCCGCGAACUAUACAAAAAAUUAAAUUAAUAUUUUAAAAUUAGCAUCCCUCCAUACACGUUCCGACUUGCAUAAGGUAUCAUGAGUCUUAGAGAUCUUCAAUAUUAGUCACCACAUAAGAUAUAUUUAAAUUCGGAAUAAAUAUUUGGUUAUUACUGGCCACUGCUAUUAAAAAAACGAUUCUCGAAUUUUUUUUCAACUCGCAAGAGCUUGUGGUCACUUUAGGUCGCAAACAAGAAGGUUGGUUAUGGAGAACAAGGUCUGGAACAUUGAACAGUUUCCAUAAUGUGAGAGUUUACUAAGAUGCGAUUUUUCAUAUGACGCUCAUUGUGGCGCAAAUUUUUAUUGCGCUUUUUUUGUGCAGAGCUUGGAAUCCAGUAGCAAUCAGUCCUAUAAUAUUCUAGGUUUCAAAUUCACACGUCACUUGCUGUAGAUAGCCAAUGCGAGUUGGGACGUGAUCAUCGGGGCUUUUUACAUACGUACUUUCAUGCUCUCAUGCUUUCUUGUAGUUUUACUUAUUCCGAGGAAACUAAACACCGAAACUAACGGGUUAUUUAAAUAAAUGUUCUAUGGUGUUAGACAUCGUUAUAUGCUUGUUAUGACAAUUUUUCUUUAAAAAUGUUUUUAUUUCAUCAUUCAUUAGAAUACAUAUAUCAUGUCCAACCGUAUAAGUAGUCAUUGAAAUAAUUUGCAGAUAAAAAAUAUUUUCUAUGCGUAAAUAGACGGUUUAGGAUAUAACCUCACUGGCACGUUUACUUGCCAAAAUUAUCAUACCAUAUAAAAAAUAAUGUUAAAUUCCUCAUAUAUUCAUAACACAAUCUUCGCUCAUUUCCAUUAAAUCGUCAAUCGAAACACUUGUUCGCACAAUUUAUUAUCAUUUAAUUAUAUGUAGAUAGGCAUGAUGUAGCGUAGUGCGUGCCAAAGACGAUAAAUGUCUUAUUUUUAUAAAUUAUAGCCUUUCUGCAUUAUUUCUUUCCUGUUAUGUCAUAAUAAAUUAAAAUAAUUACACUUUAUCCUUCUACUCGAUUUAAAACGAAUAGGCUUUCCAUACCUACUUUU